UUUAGUUUUCGUUAUUCAACAAAAUUUUGUGUCAAUUCAAAUUUAGGGAAAUAUUAAAUAAAAUACGCAGUUAUGGCUAGCUCAAAUGUAUCUGAUUGGGAUGAGGCUCUGCCGACAUCGUCUACGGAGGAAGCUGAAGAGGAGGAUACAGACUACUGCAGCCCGGAGAAUCGCAAGAAACGGCAAGAGGAGAAUGUCUCCAAGCUGCAGUCGUAUGUGCGACGCAUGGCCUAUCAGCCGGCGCUGCCGCCCAAGGCUCGGGCCUACGAUGUUGCCCUUUCAAAGCCCAAAAAGCACACACUUAUGGACAACUAUGAGCAGUUCAAGGAAGUCUACGAUCCCAAGUUGCGGGCCAAGCGCAUCAAGCGCAUGUUGGGCAAAUACAAUGCCAUCACCACAGAGCAGCUCGAGGAUGUGCUGAAGAACACCAAGAAGAAGGAGCGACGCAAGGAGGAUUUCCUGAAGCGCAAACAGGAGAUGUACUACAAUAUGUUGUCCAAGAUGGAGCGCCAAUGCCGUUCACAAUAUCUCAAUGUGCUGAUCAAGAAGUUUGCCAAAUUCAUUGCACAUCUGGCGACGACAAUGCGCAUACCACCGCAGCUGGUCGAUCCGUAUGCUCGGAUGCAGCGCGGCAUAUUCUGUAACAUACUGCUGGCAAUUGGUGUGCAGCCCACCUCACAGUCGGCCAUCUAUUAUACCAGCCAGGAUGCCAUUGAGUAUGAUGUGUGCCAUCGUCUGGCACACGCGCUACUCAGUCUGAUCAUCAAGGCACUGGAUACGGCGGCCACACGCGAACCGAAUGAGGUGCCCAAGCCGCCAGCGGAUAUGGACUUUAAAAUGGACAACUAUAUUAAGGAACGGCUCAUGUGCGCCGCCAAAAAGAAGAUCAGAAACGAGCAGCGCCGCAAGCGUCAAUCCACAUUCAAUUAUGGCGCCUUUCACAAAUGCUCCCGCCUCGACUGCGAUUAGAUCGCGGAAUCGAACGAACUCUGAUUGCCGGGCGAAGCGAGCACAAAUUACAAAACAUUUUUUCAAUCGUCUAAUACACAUUUGUCAGUUCUGAUUCGGGGGCUACCCUUCAAAUAAACAUGUUUAUAUUAUACUA